ACCAUGGGACUUUGGGGACUGUAUCCCAGGAAGAAAUCACCAUGUGAGAUGAUAGCUCAGAAGAACAAAGGAAUUUGGGGAACUUAUAUUUUCUUUUGGGGAAACUAAGGACAGGGAAAUAUGAUUGACUGGCAUUACCAUGGGGAUAAGGAAAUGGGAGUGUUCAAACUACUCUGACAGGCUUGGUAAGGGAACCAUAGCCAGAAGCUAGGAUGUCUGGGAAGGGAGGGACUACUUACAAAGGAUACUAAAAGGAAACAUCCAGAGCAGGGCUGGCCUUACUAAGAAUGGACUUUGACACAAUGGAAGAAGCUAUUAAGGUUAGAGGGUAUUUAGCAUUUGAUUCAAGUCUGCUAACUGCAUCUAAACUAGGGCCAUUAAGUAUCUUAACAUCUAUUAUUCAAUCAGAGAUAUCUAAGUCUGAUACUUCCUUCAGAUGGAACUGUCAAGGGAACUGGGGCAGAUUUAUGAACUUGGGGGUCUUCAGAAAUCUCACAUUGACACAGACUUGGGGUUCUCAAGAUCUCAAGAUUGGGGUUUCUAGAUUCCAAGUUGGCAGUAUAUUAUAUGAACACAAAAUAUUGGAAGUCUUUAGAUAAUUCUGGCUCUGGAAUCUCUACUAAAUUUUCUCAAGUUCAGUGUGGCUGACUAAAACAACCAUUUUUUAAAUCACAGUCUGAGCUGAUGCAAUAUAACAGGAUUUAUUUUUAGUCCAUAUAAAAGGGAUUCAUUCAGUAGCAAACUUUUAACUGAAUAUACAAAUAAUCAGGAAGAGAAUAAAUUAAUAAUUUCUGCCUUUCUAGAAAAAAAAAGAAGUGAGGGGGUGAGGGGGAAUGACGAGUAGGAGACUGAGAUAAAAUUCUAGACAAAAAAGAAAAAAGGAGCAAAAUAUUAGAGAGGAAGAGGAGGCAAAAAGGAACAAAGUAAAAACAGGGAAGGAGAAAAUAUGAGAAAGGAGGCAGUAGAAGGGAGGAAGAAAAGAGAGAGUAAAGCUAAAAGGGGUGAAGACUGGUAGAAUUUACAAGAAAAACUUUGACCCGGGAAUUUCCCGGCAUAGUCCUGCAUAAAUAGAAAUGGUCAGUUUCAUCAUUUGUGAUUUUUGCUUCCUCCUUUUAGAGGAAGUGUUCAGUUACUUUCAUUAUCAGUUGUGUCUAAACUGCUUUCAGACUUGGAGUCAAGGAAAGCAAGAGAAACAGACUUCAGGAGCCAUGGCUGAUGGAGAUAGCAACAAAAAACAAAUAAAGCGUUUGGAGAAAAAGCUAAAGACAAAGCUCAAUAUCAGUAAGUUUACGGAAAGGAAUAAAGUGAAGUUGAAGGAAGGUGAAAAAAAGCUAAGGCCAAGGCUGAAAGAAAAGCUAGAAUCCUGGGAAAAAUCUUUAAUUCAGAAGACCAUUGCUGAAAACCUGCUUACUGGUGGUGAACUGGAUGUCAAGGAUGUGAAGCCACAUCCUUCUGAUGCUGCAACAUAUCAGGUCUUGCCAGAUGAGCCUAUCAACACACUCAAGAUUUGUCCUCCUGAACAUUUCAAAAAAUUCAUGAAGGAAAAUGAAGAAAAGAUAUACCCAGUGAAGGAGAAGGAAGGCCGUAAGAGGUUGGCCCUCAUCAUCUGUAACAUCGAAUUUACAUAUUAUUCUGAGAGGACUGGGGCUGAGGUAGACAUUAAAGGAAUGGAAGGCCUUCUGAAAGAUCUAGGAUACACUGUGGAUGUCCAAAGGGACCUCACAUCUUCGGAAAUGGCAUCAGAAUUGAGGAAAUUUGCUGCUCGUCAAGAACAUGAAUCAUCUGAUAGCACUUUUGUUGUGUUGAUGUCUCAUGGUAUCCUGGAUGCUAUUUGUGGGAAAAAUCAUAAGAAGGAGGAACCUGAUGUGCUUCCUUAUGAUACCAUAUUCAACAUUCUAAACACCAAGAAUUGCCCCAAACUGAAAGAUAAACCCAAGGUUAUCAUAAUCCAGGCUUGUCGUGGGGUGAAAAGUGGGAAAGUGUUGAUGAGGGACUCCCCUGAAAUCUCUGAAGACAGCGAAAUUAAUCCAGAAUUGUUAGAGGAGGAUGCAAUCUUUGAGACACAUGUAGAAAAAGAUUUCAUUUCUUUCUUCUCUUCAACUCCAAAUAAUGUUUCUUGGAGAGAUCAUGAAAAUGGCUCCAUCUUCAUUAUAAAAGUCAUCGAUUAUAUUCAAAAGUAUUCUUGGUGUUGCCACCUAGUAGACAUCUUCCAAAAGGUUCAGAGAGCAUUUGAUACUGCGAAUGUUAAGCUCCAGAUGCCCACCAUUGAAAGAAUGACCAUGACAAAAAAUUUCUACCUCUUUCCAGGCAAUUAAACCUAGAAAAUCCAAGUAACUGGAACCUUAGUUAUUUCAGAAGAACAUUUUCUUAUGCAAUUGAGAAAAGGGAAGGAAAGCAUUUAUUGGGAAUAUGUAUAUGUGUUUGCAUAUGUAUGUGUGAAUAUAAAUAUAUAGUAUCUGAUAAAUGCCACAUAUCCAAGGUAUAUACAAAUAAAAGAAAUAUAUAAGAACAAAAA